GGGCUGCAUUGUUCUGCCCAAACCUGAGGCCGCGCCCCCUCCUUUGUCCAGGCGCGCUGUGAUUGGCGGAAGCGGGGCCGGGCUGCCGUCAUGCCUUGGGAAGCCCAUUGAUCUGUGCACUUGGGCGUUGGACUCCGCAUCUUAUUAGUGAGCGGGGAGAUUUCUCCAUUUUCCCGUUGUCCCCAGCACGGCUGCACACACACCUUUGGGAUAUUUCAUUUUUGGGUUUCCAUCGUUUUCUACAUAGAACUUCUGUUUUUGGGUCGCCGCAGAGGAACGGGAGGACCACUAGCUGCACCUUCUCCAGCUCACUGGACAGCGAUGGGAGCCCAAUUCUCCAAGACCGCAGGCAAAGGCGAAGCCGCCACUGCAGAGAAGCCGGGGGAAGCCGUAGCCGCCUCUCCUUCCAAGACGAACGGCCAGGAAAAUGGGCAUGUGAAAGCAAAUGGCGAUGCAUCUCCUGCAGCAGCUGAGGCAGACAAGGAGGAGGUCCAAGCCAAUGGCAGUGCUCCUGCUGAGGAGACUGCAAAGGACGAGGCUGCAGCAGUUGAUGCCUCUUCAGAGAAAGAAGUUGCUGCAUCUGCUGAGGUGGAAAGUGCAGAACCAGCAUCUCCAGCUGAGGGAGAGUCCUCUGCUAAAACAGAAGCAGGUUCUACCUCUACACCUUCCACCAGUAACGAGACACCCAAGAAGAAAAAGAAGCGUUUCUCCUUUAAGAAAUCUUUUAAGCUGAGUGGCUUUUCUUUCAAAAAGAACAAAAAGGAGAAUAAUGAAGGAGCAGAGGGUGAAGGUGCAGCUGCAUCUAGUGAGGGAGCAAAGGAGGAGGCUCCUUCAGCUGCUGAAGAGGUGACCAAUGAAGAGGCAAAGCCUGUCCAAGAAGAGGCUCCAACUGCCAGCAGCACAGAGGAAAAGAAAGAGGAGGCUGCUGCAGCCGUAUCCUCUGAGCCUCAGGAGUGCAAAACUGAAGAACCUGCACCUCAAAAGCCAGUAGAGGAGGUAAAGCCUGCCGAGGAGCCAAAGCCUGAGGAAAAACCUGCAGAAGAGGUCCCUACUCCUGUUUCUGCCCCAGAAGCACCAUCCACUGAACCAGAGGCACCAAAAGCUGAAGAGCCUGCAGCUCCUACACAGGAAGCUACAUCUGAAUCCAGUCCAGCAGCUGAGUCCGCAGAGUAAACAUGGCAGUUUUGAGAUAAUCAAAAGAACUUUUUUCUCCCCUUGUUUGUUUGUUGGAGUGGUGCCAGGUACUGGUUUUGGAGAACUUGUCUACAACCAGGGAUUGAUUUAAAGAAUUUUUUUUUUUUUUGUCUGUUUUCUUCCUCUUUACAGAUCCCAUCUCAAAUCAUUCUGUUACCACCAUUCCAACAGGCCGAGUAGAGUUUACAGCAGUCACCGGCCUUACUCCUUUUUCGCAUCAGUAUUAAUGUUUUGCGUACUUUGCAUCUUUUAUUAAAAAUGUAUAAUUUUUUUCUUUUUUUCUUUCAAUUUAUGGACAUGCCCAUACAUGAAGGAGAUGGGUGGGUCAAUAUAAGGGGGGGAGGGUAUCAAAUGAAGUGAUAGGGACCACACUGGGUUUUAGGUGGUGCACUUGUUGCCAAGAGAAUGUGCCACAUGGAAUGGGGUCAGGUUUCAGUUUUGUUUUUUGUUUAGAGUUUGUUUUUUUUUCUCACUUUUCUUUUUCAAUUUUAAGAGAAGAAAUGUAUUUUGUGAGGGCAACCUUCUACAAGGUUUACAACACUAAAGGUCUCGACAAAGAUGGCAAGCAAAAUAAAAUUUAAAAAAACAAAUAAACAAUACCCAGAUCAUAGUUUUAGUAAUUCAUUUAAACCAUAGGAACUUUUCACUUAUCUCAUGUUAGCUGUAUCAGUCGGUGAUUAAGUAGAAUUACAAGUUGUAUAGGCUUUAUUGUUUAUUGCUGGUUUAUGACCUUAAUAAAAUGUAAUUAUGUAUUACCAGCAGGGUGUUUUUAACUGUGACUAUUGUAUAAAAGGAAUCUUUAUCUCCAAAAGCACAUGAAGUUUGCAGCUCUUUCCACCCUGCCCAUUUUUGUAAAACUGCAGUCAUAUUGGACCUUUUAAACACAAAUUUUAAACUCAACAAAGCUGUGAUAAGUGGAAUGGUUACUGUUUAUACUGUGGUAUGUUAUUUUUUUUUUUUUUCUACUUCUUCUUUUUUUUUUUUUUUGAUUACAGCAGGCAAUGCUUUCUUUUCCAGUUGUCUUUAAGAAUUAAGGAAUACUUCAGAUGCAAUGGUUUUUGUGUAGCAUCUUGUCUUUCAUGUUUUGUAAAUACUGGAGAAGCUUUGACCAAUUUGACUUAGAGAUGGAAUGUAACUUUGCUUACAAAAUUGCUAUUAAACUCUUGCUUAAGGUGUUCUAAUUUUCUGUGAGCACACUAAAAGCGAAAAUAAAUGUGAAUAAAAUGUA